AAGUCAAUGGGCUUAUAAGUAAGAUUAGAGAGGUUGUGCUCUCUUGUUGCUGAGCUUUUAGUACAGUACCUGUAUGUGGUGAUCAAGUUUCUCUUGAGAAGGGUGAUGAGAGUAUAGUAUUGGGUUCAGAAAUGGAUCUAAAACAGCGCAUUGCACGGUGGAUGGAAGACCACCGUGGCCUCAUUGUGGUGUUGGUAGUUCUUCCUCUCUCCCUUAUCUUUGAUGCUCUCAUACAACUAAGACUUUGGAUCAUCCGCAAAUUUAUCUCUGCUCCUGAAAAACAUGAUGAACGAGUUAGAACAAUUCAGAGUCAGGUAUUGAGAUGGAAUAAACAUCCAAAGGCAGAAAGAAAACUGAUGUGCACAGCCCGUCCAAAUUGGCAGUCUUUGUCCACAACUUUUUUCAGGAAGGAUUUGUGUCACAAGAUCAGCAUUCCCUUAUAUGACAUCCUAGAACUGAGAGAGUCCCACAUGACCAUCCGAGUGGAGCCCAUGGUGAGCGUAGGUCAGGCCACAGCUUUCUUAGUGCCCCGAGGCUAUACUCUGGCUGUGUGCCUGGAGGUUGCAGAAGCUACCUUAGGGGGCCUGGCUAUGGGUGUUGGGAUGACCACAUAUUCACACAAAAUUGGACUGUAUCAAGAGGGUAUAGUGGCUUAUGAGGUGGUUCUGGCAGAUGGUUCGCUGGUUAAAGCCACCAAAGACAAUGAAUACAGUGACCUUUAUUACACAUUGCCCUGGUCACAUGGCACACUUGGGUUCCUAGUAGAGCUGGAGCUAAAAAUUAUUAAGAUAAAGCCUCAUCUUAAACUGGAAUAUAUCCCAGUCAAAGGCCAAAAGCAGUAUUGUGACAUGAUGCGGGAUUUGUCUGGAGCAUUAGACAAAAAUCGCCCCACUCCUGAUUAUCUGGAGGCUACUGUUUACAACAGAGAAGAAGCUGUUAUUAUGGUUGGGAAUUUUGCUGAUGUACCAGAUACUGAACAACAUAAGAUCAAUCGAGUAACAGCUUGGCACAAACCUUGGUUCUAUAAGCAUGCAGAAGGGUUCUUGAAGACAGGUAAAGAUUAUGAAUAUAUCCCACUGAAGGACUAUCUCCUUCGCCACAACAAGUCAAUAUUUUGGGUGAUAGAAACAAUGAUUCCUUUUGGCAACAACCCAAUCUUCAGAUUCUUUCUUGGUUGGCUCUUGCCACCCAAAAUUGCCUUCCUUAAAUUCACCACCACACCCGGUGUUAGAGCAAUAACUUUUACAAAGCAGGUGUUCCAGGAUAUUGUGCUUCCAAUGACACAACUAGAAGAUCAAAUUGACAAGAAUGAGGAACUCUUUGAUAUAUAUCCCAUUCUGAUAUAUCCUUGCCGCAUAUAUGACCAUGGACCCCACAGAGGUCAGCUCCGUCCUCCUCGUAGGGAGCAAAUGGUGCCAGGUGCUGACUAUGGAAUGUUUAAUGACCUUGGAGUAUACGGGGUGCCAAGAGUGGUUAAAGAAAAGAAACGUUUUGAUGCUGUUGAUGCCAUGAGAAAAAUGGAAAGGUUCACUGAAGAGGUGGGAGGCUAUCCAUUCCUGUAUGCAGAUACUUUUAUGACUCGGCAGGAAUUUGAGAAGAUGUUUGACCUGAUGGCAUAUGAUCAAGUGCGACGUAAAUACAAUGCUGAAGGAGCCUUUCCACACCUCCAUGAUAAGAUCAAACCAGAGAUAGAUGUUGUAGAAGUUGGGAAACAAUACAUGGAUCCACUGUAGAAUAUUCUUUCAUAUAUUUAUCUUACUAUCUGAAGGCCUUUAAGCGGUCAUAAUCCCUAGUCACAGUAAUCUAUAUUUAAACCAGUGGAUGAGAAGCAGGAGACUAAUGCGAUUUUACAGAUUAUAUAAUUAUUUUCUUUUUAACUAUUCUUGUUGCAUCUUACAAUCCAGGUCAAUUGUUUAUUUGUGAGUGUUCAGCUAAAGUGAGGAAUUACAUACAAGUCAAACUAUUUCACAGUUAAGCUUAGUACAAGUUACCCUUAUUUGGUACAUCCCUCUUACAUUAGAAUCCCAGUUAUCCAGCACCUAUGGGGAUUGAGAGGUGUCAGAGAGAGAUUUUUCAGUUAGUUGAAACUCACUCUUAUAAUCCCCCAAUAAAUCCUACAAUGCACAGUGCUACAGGUUGACCUCGCAAAUUCAUUUCAGUACAACAGACUUCUUUAACUAUAAAAUAAGAAAAAUGAAGAGCAAGGGUUUGUUUGUGAAGCUGUGGGCUAUAAAUGCGUGGGCAACUCGCCAGCCCAGCCGCCUUGUAUAUUGUUACAUGUAAUUCAACUUCUAAGUUUCAAAAAACCUCCUGACCUAAUAUGUACAUGUAUUUUAAUUAUAAAAGGAGUGAAAAUUUA